AAAGAGAAGUCUUACGAGGUUGGAGUAGUGAGGGAAAGAAAGGUUUUAGGAGACAAGAGGAAUUAAUAGGAUGGCCCUUGGUGGGGUUUGGAGUAGAGUGAAGCCAUACUUGGCCAUGGUCUUCUUGCAGUUUGGGUAUGCCGGGAUGUACUUGAUCUCGGUUGCGACGCUCAAGCAAGGCAUGAGCCAUUACGUGCUCGUGGUGUAUCGCAAUGCCAUCGCCGCGGCUGUCAUCUUCCCGUUCGCGUUGUGGUUCGAGAGGAAAGCGAGGCCAAAAAUGACAGUGUCCAACUUCCUCAAGAUAAUGGCUUUGGCACUACUAGAGCCUGUGCUUGACCAAAACUUUUAUUACAUGGGGGCCAAGAACACCAAUGCAAGCUUUGCGUCUGCCCUUUACAACGUACUUCCUGCUGUGACCUUCAUGAAUGCCAUUCUUCUCAGAAUGGAGAAAAUAGAGAUCAAGAAACGACGUAGCCAAGCGAAGAUCAUAGGGGCUCUGGUGACGGUGGUUGGUGCAUUGCUCAUGAUACUGUACAAAGGACCAGUGGUAGAAUUUAUAUGGACAAAGGGACGGAACCACCACAACAAUACUGCUGGAAGCCAAGAUGACGGUCACUGGCUAGCAGGCGUGUUCAUGCUGUUGUUGAGCUGCUUCUGUUGGUCUGCUUUCUUUGUGCUACAGUCACAUACAUUGAAGUCCUAUCCAGCAGAGCUUUCCUUGACCACCUGGAUAUGCUCAAUGGGCGCGGUGCAGAGUGGUGCAGUUGCUCUCGUGAUGGAGCGGAGUGCCAAGCCAUGGUUGAUAGGAUUCGACAUGAGAUUCUUAACGGCCGCUUAUUCCGGAAUAAUGUGCUCCGGGAUUGCAUACUAUGUUCAAGCAAUAGUGAUGAAAGAAAGGGGCCCUGUCUUCGUGACUGCCUUCAACCCCCUGUGCAUGAUAAUAGUGGCUGUAUUGGGCUCCAUCGUUUUGGGAGAGGAGAUCACUGUAGGAAGGGUGAUUGGUGCAAGCAUCAUAGUCAUUGGUCUUUACUCUCUCAUAUGGGGUAAGAGCAAGGAUCACUUGACCCAACCCUCGGAGACCGGCGAGAAGGAAGGGGCACUCAAGCUACCAAUAGCUGCGACCGAUGCCAUCAAAUCUAAUUCUGCCGACCAUGCCACAGUUGUGGAGAUUCCAUCAGCAAGAAAUCCCUCAAGCAUUUAGCUCCACUUCCCUUAUGCAACAAGUGGAUUAUUAUGCUGCCACUUUCUUAAUUAUGUAAUCUAGCUUCAGCUAUGAGUGCUCACACUUUAUGAAUGAGUUGUGAGGGAAUUGGAUCGGGAUGCAACUUGGCAUCAAAAUGUACAACAAUGAAUCAAUUAUGACAAAAUAUGAUAUGCAUCG